AAGUCAAACCAUGCAAGAAACGGUUCAAUCUGUACCUUCAACGGCUAAAAAUAAUCAAUCCAAGCCACAUCGACCUUUUUUCUUCUUCGUUAUUCUCUUCAUCGCAGUCUGUGUUUGUUUUUGUCUACCGUAACUCUAUUGAUACCUCUUCUCGUCUAUCUCUUUCCAGUCCUUUCAUCUUGCCUGCAAUUCUGGACUGGACUACCACACGUUGCUACCGCAUAAAUCGACGUCAUCCGCUGCCUGGUUCUCUCAUAUGGUCACCAAUCCCUCCGACCUUUCUUGGUCCCAUAUUGUCCACCAAAGCUGACCGACCCUGGUCAACGCCGCCAUCCCGUGAAUUCACAGUUUGACUGUAUCGACACCGGGUCUUUUGGGCUGCACCCACCGGCGCGUGUGCGCCUUCCAAUAAUCAUGGCCAACAAUUCAGAUGCCACCACCGUGACCCUCGACAUCGUUUCGCCGUCCGUCGGUGUGCCCGCCCCGCUCACAUUUCCGGACCUACCGGCGCACACAACCAUUGCCCAGUUACAGGACAAGAUUCGCAUGAACUUAACACUGCCGAACCGCAAUGCUGUUGCGAUGAGGUUGAUCUAUCACGGGCGUAUGCUGGCGCAGCCCGAUAUGAAGUUGUCAGAUGCUUUCGGAGCAGAUGCUUUUCACACUGAUAACCGCCGCGUUCUACACGUCGUCCUGAUGGUUCCUGCAGGAACGGAGCCGUCACCGUCGACAACAUCUCCAACUCAACCUAUGGCCACCACCACCCGCGAUAUUAUUGCACAGAACCAGCGAGAGCGAGCAGCCCGGAAUAGCCUCGGUAUACAGGAUCAGCACCCUCAGCUACCCACGAUCUCGCAACCAGCAGAACCACCAUCUAUGACGAGUACGGGUAGCGCCGCACGGUAUACAACAUCAAGCUUUGGCAGUAUCCCUUUCCCAACUGGGCAAGCAUCUGGCAGCUCCAGUGAUACGUUGUGGAGUGAGACUGCGCAAAGCAUGGCAGAGAACCGAGCCAGGGAACAAGCAACUAGGUUCCUAGAACAACUGCAGGCAACCCGCGCCCGGCAGGAACGGAUCAAUCAGCUUAGCUCACAACUCCAUGGCAACGCCGAACAGGUGCACGCAGCCCGAAUGAACAUUCAGCUCAGCUCGCAAAACCCGGCGGCUCCGAUCCCCCACAAUCAAUUGUCACAGCAAACCUCCAGCCAGCAGAAUGGCGCUGUUCAGGCAUCUGCACCUGAAGUGUAUAUCUUGAACUCUCCGGAAGGUCCAUAUGCCGUCCUUCUCAACAACGGUGGCGUUUAUACCUCGUUACCAGUUGGGCAGCCUGCGAGUCUUAGCACAGGGACGAACUCGGCUGAAACGCCGACAGAAUCCCUUUCAAAUCUGGUCACGGCCCACUUCCCGGUCGGUGGUGUCCAACCUGCCAGCAGUCAGCCAUUCGCCACGAACGACUUUGGAGCAACAGAAGACACUGACUUUUUGGAGCGGUGGCGGCAAGAUGGUCAACGACGGCAAUUUGAGCUUAGGCAAAGAUAUGUACAGCUCAGGCAGCAGCAUGAGCGAGUUCAAGAGCAACUUGCCUUGCGGCGCAUGCAGGAUGCUCGUCGAGUAAUUCCAUGGGCACGCCAUCCCGACCCCCAAGGAGCAGCGGCUAUUUUCCAGGCCAUAUGGCCCCAUCUGUGGUUGGUGAUACGUCUAGUGCUGCUUAUGUUAUGGUUUACAAGCGGUUUGGGUUGGUCAUGGACGCGCUGGUGUGGUGUCGUCGCGGUUCUUUUAGCUAUCAUCGUCAUAAACUCUGGCUUGCUCAACGGUCGGCUAGAGAAUGCAUGGCAGCCAGUUCGGCAGCAUUUGGAACGCCUCCUCCCAUUAGCUGACCAUGCCCAGGCAAAUGCGGCAGGAGGUGCGGUCCCACCAGCUGCAGCGCCCGGUGGUGCAAAUAACCGCCAAGGGCAGGUGCCUCCUGCUGCGGAUCGUCAGAACGCACGAGCUGCGCCGGAUCCCCGCGAGGCUGCUGAGAGAAUGGUGGCCGCUCGAAGGGAGGCGAACGCCAACUGGCUGCUCGAUCAGGUUCGGCGUGUGGAGCGGGCUGGUCUUCUCUUUCUUGCCAGUAUCGCCCCUGGUGUUGCUGAGCGCCAUAUUGCGCAUAUUGAAGCGGAGGCCAGGGCUGAACGUCAAAGGCGGGAAGCUGCUGAGGCAGAGGCCGCCGCCGCCGCUGCUGCUGCUGCUGCUACUGCUACUAGUGAUGCCGCUGAAGCGGAAAACGUAAGCAGUACAGAAGGGGAAGAUCAAGUGUCGGAUAAGCCCCUAGCACCCACACAUGGGAUAUCUACUACAGCUGCUGGAGACGAAGCUGAAGAGCAGGGUGCAAGGCAGGAAAUACCCAACAACGACAUUCAAGGCGAAGUCGCUGCACAACAGACGCAAUGCGCUUAGCUCACGCAUCAAACUAUGCCUGCGAUUCCGCAUGCAGGGUUGAUUUUCCAUCAGGUGGAGGCGUGGUCGGAUUAUACUACUGAGUAUCAACAUCUUGUGUACAGCGGACGUCCGGUUUUGGCCGGUGUUACCUUGGAGGGAAGCAUAGCUACUGGUGAGGGUUUCGGUACCAGAUACUCAUCUGCUGCCCAUAAUGGAGGUGGUGCAACCAGGACAAAAUGUCCCGCGCCUAGACGGUUCCAACCGUAUACGAGAUCACAUGUAGAAUCCACACCCAACUUGCCUCGCCGUGAUAGUGAUAUCAACAGAUCGACGAAGGGUUUCCUUUGUCGCGAUCCAGACAGCCAACGGAGACUUGACGAGAGGUCGACAACUAAGUGCAACAGCUUGUGGGAUGACGGGUCGAAAGAUUCAGGGUCGGAAAAGAGACGAAAUGUGCAAAAGGUAAAGCAAUCUUUGACAAGGAGAACAAAUGGAACUAUGCCUGAAAUGCAUGUUGGCACUGUUCACAACAUCAGCGAGGCCACAUGGAUGUUGGGUGCUGGUUGUCAGUACUCUCGUGGCGUGACCAGCAGUCCAGAGUCUGACACGCAAGAGCUAGCUGGUCCUGUGGGACAAGUUUCAGCAAUCCUCGAUAACAUUCAGCAGUGGUCAGCACCCAUCAACAUGGGAUACCGACCUGCUGGUGUUUCGACAGUCAUGGGCUCCUCUGCCGUGGAGUCCUCAGACUCGCAGGAUUCAAUCACGACUCUAGAGGCGGUUAAUCAUCCGGUCAGACCUCCCUUGGCAGGAGACUUAAAUGGCUCUACGGCUGGCCCUUCAGACACUGGGCCACCAGUUGAACUGACUGAAGCCUUGGAAAACGAUGGCAUUGAGACUGACUUGAUCUUUUCCGAUUGGUUGAACUAUCCAGAGAGCGAAGCGGACGGCAGCUAGGACUAUGGAGGCGGGCCAGUUGAGAAGAGGCUUUCGAAGCAUAUAUGUGUGCUCAGCAUUGGUUUCGUAUAGCGUCAGUGUCUUUCUUGUUAGAAACCACCAUAUUUCUUUUCGGCAGUUUACUGCCUUGAGCAUAUGAGCGAGCUAUCAGUGAAGCAAUUGCAAUAUUUGUCACAAAAACGAGUUCCUACAGGGGCGUCUAGAUUGGUUUCGUCAUAGCUACGUCUGCCUUUUAGUCAACCGGCAAAAGAGCCAAACCUUGGUCGUCAACCGAUGAUGGCGCCGCUUCCAGCUAAUCUUUUGAGGACGGACGCCCAAGCAUAGUAAGCAAUUACCGAGGGAUCGAGUGGACCUAAGAGACUGAAAACCUGAAAAAAAAACACAUGACUAUCAACUGGCCAAGCCCCAAGGAAGCACUAAUUGAUGACGUUCGGACCUUGCUGCUACGAAAAAGCCAUCUUCCUGCCGGACAUGUAGACAUCUGGGAAUGCCUGGGGAAUGCGAGAUAAUAGGCCAUUGGCGCAAGCUUAUGGGAGCAAAAGACAGUGCAAGGCAGUCACAGAAAAGCGCGUAUCACAUCACUCCAUACGGUGUCGAAAGAACAUGAAGGAUCGGCCCCCAAGAUAUGGUGAGCCGGUCAGCCAUGAGGAAAAAUUCUAUUGCCUGCAAAAGAGAGCAGCAGUUAUUUACAACGCGGGGGGAAACCCGCUAGGUCCAUGAUGAAGGGGAAAAUAGAUGACGUGAUAUUACCUGUGGAGGAACAAGGGGCUUUCUGGCUUGGGGCAUCGGGGAAAAGGGUUUCCAAGAUGGACACACAAGGAAAGGUCUGGUCCUAGUUCUAACCCCCAGCAAGACAAGCAAAACGCCCUGUCACACUUCGAUCGCUAGCUGUGAGAUUUUUUGGGUGUGGCAACGGAUGGUGAUGAUGGUUCUAGAGUAGAUAAGCAACGGUCCGUGGGCUCAGCUAUAAGGCUGGAAAAAGGGGGUUGUAAUGUGAUGGUUGGUAGACAGCGGAAGUCUAGACCGUGCCCCCGAUAUGACGCCUACAAAAGAAGAAAGCGAGAAAUAUGACAAAACAUGUCGUUUUGCGACAGAUGUUCCCCGUGAAUAUUGAUUGCGUCGCAGGUUUAGGAAAACCCACACU